AUGAGGAGCAUAAUCAAUAACCGCUCUCACCUAGCUUCGUUGCCUUACACAAAUUGUCACACACGCAUAGUCGACCUCCACGACCUCGACAUCCCUGAACACGCACCUGAUGAAGAAUACCGCGCCAUAUACCUCAAGUACAUCCUCCAUCCACCUCACAGCAAAACCGAGAAUGCAGCUUUACUCAGAGACGCCAUCGAAUCCAUAAGACAAGGCAUUGCGCCCCCGGUAGCCUUUCCCACGGAAACUGUAUACGGCCUCGGCGCGGACGCGACCAAUGAGCCCGCCAUUUCAGGAAUUUUCGCUGCCAAAGGCCGUCCAAGUGAUAACCCCCUGAUCGUUCAUGUCGCAAGUAUCAAACACCUGGAGCAGGUUACUGGUGAACCUUUACCGGAAAUCUACGCGCCAGUGGCGGAGAGAUAUUGGCCUGGCCCUUUGACCAUCCUCCUCCCAGUGCCCCCGUCGGGGAUCUUCGCCAAGAACGUGCACCCCUUCCAGUCAACCAUUGGAUUCCGUAUUCCGUCAUCAAAAUAUGCGCGUUUCUUCAUCGCCGCAACGGGCAGACCUAUCGCCGGACCUAGUGCGAAUUCUUCAGGGAAGCCGAGUCCCACUACGGCACAACAUGUUUUGGAUGAUCUAAAUGGCAAGAUCAACUUCAUCUUAGACGGGGGAGGGUGUGAUGUGGGUGUGGAGAGCACGGUUGUGGAUGGCUUGCAUGAUCCGCCGCUUAUAUUGAGGCCGGGAGGUGUGAGCUUGGAGGAGCUGAGAGGUGUUGGGAGAGAGAUUGGCAAUAAAUGGACGAGGACGGCGAUCGGGUAUAAAAGGCAUGCGGCCGGAGCGGCAGACAGCUCAAGACAAGAUGGUUCAAACGCGACCGCGACACCCUCGACGCCAUCUUCUAUGGAUGAGUCUACUCUUGGGGUUUCUGCGUCCUCGGGAGACACGAGUGUGCCUCAUUUCGACGGCAUCGUUAGUUACGAAGACGACAUCAACGGUGCACCUCGCGCACCAGGAAUGAAGUACAGACACUAUGCGCCUGUAGGGCGACUGGUUUUGUUUUCUGAGGACGCCGUGCGCAACGGUCGCGUGUCAGAGAAGCUGGAUGAGCUCGUCAACAAUUGGCAAUCGUGUUCCAAUGAGGACGGGCAGGAGAAGAAGUCUCGCGAAGUCAAGGGUGGGAUCAUUUCCUGCCACUGGCCACCCUUUGCCGGACAGCCGGUCAAGACGAUUCCAUCGACUUCCUUGUCUGCGAACGCUAGCAGAGAUAUAACCUUUGGCGCUCUCGUUCCAGAUGCGAUCUCAAACUCGAUCUAUGCGCCAAUGAUCUCGAUCGCGACAACGGUAGUCCACGACAUGAAAGUCACGUUGUUCAACGUCCAUCUUGGGCCCGACAUCUCGACAUUAGCGCACUCACUAUUCGGCGUCUUGCGACUAUUUGACGAGCUGGACUGUGCAUUCAUAUUCGCAGAGACUGUGCGGCGAAACGCGGCUGCGACGAACGGCCAACAGUCAAUGACGGGGCAACAAGAACCCAACCAGACACACCACCGGGAUCUCGAAGACGCCGUGAUCGAUCGGAUCGAAAAGGCCGCGGCCGAGAGGGUGGUGGAUUGA